AUGGGAAAUCCUUACCUACUCCAUAUUAAAGAAGACGAAAUUUCUAUAGCUCAAAGCAUAUGUGCCCUUGUCGAAUCUUAUAAAUGGAGGGACAUUAUCUAUGUGUAUGAGGAUACUGAUCAUGGGUCAGAGUUAUUACAAAAUAUGUUUGAACUGUUCCAAGACAAAAACAUACGAAUUGCCUCCAGAAUUGCCAUUUCUUCCUCGGUAAAAGAUGAUCAAAUCAUCAAGGAGUUGCAUAAGCUCAUGAGUAUUCAUACAACUGUUAUCAUUGUCGAUAUGUCACCUUCACUAGCAUCUAGGUUUUUUCCAAACGCAAAAAGGUUAGGAAUGAUGAGCAAAGAAUAUGCAUGGAUUUUAAGUCAGAAGACCAUUGACAUCUUUCAAUCAACAAAAUUCGAAGUUAUUGGUUCGUUGCAAGGUGCACUUGGUUUUAGAUCUUAUGUUCCAGCGUCUAGGAGACUGCAUUAUUUCACAAAAAGAUGGAAUAAGAAGUUCACUAGAAAGGUGCAUGUACUUGCCAUAUGGGCGUACGACACAAUUUGGGCACUUGCAGAGUCCAUUGAGAGGGUUGGAGUACCGCAAAAUGGUACCUUGCUUCUAAAUGAGAUUUUGAAAUCUGAUUUUAAAGGCAUGAGUGGUGAGUUUAGGCUCACCAAAAGCAAUCUGAUCUCCAACGGAUUUGAGAUUGUAAAUGCGGUCGAUCAUGGAGAAAGGAAAGUGGGAUAUUGGACAUUGUCGAAAGGAAUUACAAGAACACUCAUACCACUAAACGAUGUUGUUCUACAGUCUGGUAUUGGUAUGGAAGAUGUUAUCUGGCCGGGAGGGUCUACUACCGUGCCAAAAGGACUUGGUAAAAAGUUGAGAAUUGGUGUCCGAACCGGACUAACAUUUACCUCCUUUGUGCAUACAGUUUAUGAUGCACAAAAUAAUGUCACAAAUGCCACUGGGUUCUGUGUUGAUGUUUUUAAUACAUGCCUUCAAGCAUUACCAUAUGAAGUGACUUACAAGUUUGUUCCAUAUGCGAAUGGAAGUUAUGACAAACUUAUAGAAAAGGUCUACAAUAAGGAAAUUGAUGGGAUCCUGGGUGAUUCAACAAUCUUGGCUAGAAGAUAUGAAUUUGUUGAUUUCACUGCAACUUACACUGACCUUGGUUUAGGAACAUUAGCAAAAACCAAAAGAAAUGAUAUGUGGAUCUUCCUGAAGCCAUUGAAUGUAAAUCUAUGGCUUACAUUUACUGCUGUUGUAAUCUUCAAGGGCUUGGUUAUUUGGGCUAUUGAAGCUAUGGAUCAAGAAUCUAAAAGCGCUCCAUCUCAAGGAAUUGGAACGAUCGUUUGGUUCAUCCUAUUAACCAUAUUUUCUGCUUAA